CUUUAAUUUCGAAUUGUGUUCGUCCAAAUGUUUCGUUCUUUUGUGUCCUGCGAUCGUGAUUGUCCAAACUAACUUACUUAAAUUUUAAUAUCAAUUUAUAGCUGCUGUAACCUGUUCUUAAUAUGUAUAAAUGUUUGAUUUAUGUGUGAUUCGAUUUAAACUGUUUUCUUUAUCUGAAAUCUUAACCUUAGUUGCCCUUGAAAAUCCCUAGAGUCUGCGAGACUAGAUGGCUUUCAAUUGAGCUGGCGGUGACCAGGAUUGUUGAUCAGUGGACUGAGCUAAAAUUGCAUUUUUCCAUAGCUUCACUCCAGGAGAACUGUCACAAAGCCAAAAUCUUGCACGAACUGUACAGUGACGAAGUAAAUUGCCUUUACUUAUUGUUUUUGAUGCCGAUAUUAGUGGAAAUGCAGCUCUUAAACAAAAACUUUCAAAGCAGAAAUUCAAAUGCUACAAAACUUUUGAAAGAUUUAAUAGCAACAAUCAAAUCGUUGAAGGCCUUAAUUAUACCACCAAGCUGUGAUAUCGACAUUUUGAAAUUUGAUUUCAAAUGUAUGGUUGAAACUAAUCUAAGCUUGGGGUAUGACUUUGAAAAAAAAAUUAAGUCCUUACAACUUCAGGAGCAGAUCGAAGUUGAAAUUCGAACAAAGUGUGCGUUUCGUUGUGGAGUUGGUCCAACAGCUAAGAGCCAGAUUGCCGAAGAACUUCGAAACGCUGGAAAAAAUAAAUGUUUUUUCUGUUGAUAGGAUUUUGAGAGCUCAAAAAGAAAAAAUUGAAGAUUUCUUGGAGCAGCUCAAUGUGGAAAAUAUAAGCGAUAUCCUAACGCAAUACGGAAAGAUCCAUUUAUUUUACUGGGAGAACAAGGAGGACACUGUCAAAUUUUGGGCAGAAGUGCUGAGCUUUAGGGACUCAAGUGACAACAACCCUUUCAAGUCCUUAGCGCUGUUUGCUAUAAGGCUACUCUGUUUGCCUUGGUCAAAUGCUGAGGUAGAGCGUGUGUUCAGUCAAAAUGAACAUAGUAAAAGUAACCUCAGAAACAGAUACGGCCUGCGCAGAAAUGGAAAAUGCUGCCACGAUUAUGAAGUGCCAACGAAAUUUUAA